GCUUAACAACAUGACAGGUAAGAACUUUCUCUCUCUCUAGUCCCUUAACGCCCCCACGCAGGGAAGGCCGAAGCGGAACAGGACCCUAGAGGAAGGAGAGCCCGGGGACCCGGGGCUCCGGGGCUCCAAGGCGCUGGGCCGGCGGCUGUUUUAGACAGAGGCGCAGCCCUCGCUCUUGGACCGCGGGGCCAGCGGCUGGGGAGAUUUAGAGGCGCGCGCGGGGAGGCGGCGCUGCGCUCCACCUGCCCUGCCCAGGACACAACCCAGGGGCAAGGCGUCAAGGGACCACCCGAAGUCAAUAUUGGAAUUUUUAAUAAACCAAGGAAUGAGAUUUUAAUUAUUCAAAACCCAGCUCCUGUGGGCUAGAUGCUGUUGGGAUGGUCCUAGUCACAAUUUUAGAGACCCAUCUCUAAGAGGACGAGAAAAGGGUCUAAGACAUCCGUCGCAAUUACGAAUGAACCAGAGACUUGCUAGCAUAGGGCAUUGAUUGCGGGUGCCCAACCGGACCCUCCUCCCCUCUCCAUUCCUUCUCCCACCCGAGACAGGCUCCGGCGGCGGCCGGGACCUCGCGUCCCUGCAUCGUGGCGGGGGCUGCAUUUUUCAUGAGCCCGGGGUGAACAGGUGCGAAGUGCGCUGGGAGCAUCCGGCCGACCGCCGGGCGCAGGGAACAUGGAGAGCGAGCGCGACAUGUACCGCCAGUUCCAGGACUGGUGCCUCAGGACUUACGGGGACUCAGGCAAGACCAAGACGGUGACCCGUAAAAAAUACGAGCGGAUCGUCCAGCUCCUCAACGGCUCCGAGUCAAGCUCCACGGACAACGCCAAAUUUAAAUUCUGGGUUAAAUCGAAGGGCUUCCAGCUGGGCCAGCCGGACGAGAUCCGCGGAGGCGGUGGCGGCGCCAAGCAAGUGCUCUACGUGCCGGUCAAGACCACGGAUGGCGUAGGGGUAGAUGAGAAGCUGUCCUUACGGCAGGUAGCUGUGGUUGAAGAUUUCUUUGACAUUAUCUAUUCGAUGCACGUGGAAACAGGGCCAAAUGGAGAACAAAUUCGGAAACAUGCCGGACAAAAGAGAACUUACAAAGCAAUUUCAGAGAGCUAUGCCUUCCUACCAAGAGAAGCGGUGACACGAUUUCUAAUGAGCUGCUCAGAAUGCCAGAAAAGAAUGCAUUUAAACCCAGAUGGAACAGAUCAUAAAGAUAAUGGAAAACCUCCCACAUUGGUGACCAGCAUGAUUGACUACAACAUGCCAAUUACCAUGGCCUAUAUGAAGCACAUGAAACUGCAGCUGCUGAACUCACAGCAAGAUGAGGAUGAAAGUUCAAUAGAAAGUGAUGAAUUUGAUAUGAGCGAUUCCACACGGAUGUCGGCCGUGAACUCUGAUCUUAGCUCCAAUCUUGAGGAAAGAAUGCAGAGUCCCCAGGCGCUUCAUGGCCAGCAAGAUGAUGAUUCUGCUGCGGAGAGCUUUAAUGGCAAUGAGACUCUGGGGCACAGUUCAAGUGCUUCAGGGGGAACGCACAGCAGGGAGACGGGUGACUCCAGUGGGGAUGGCAAGACUGAGAUGGAGCAGGACCAGCAGCCACUGAACCUGAGCGACGACAGUCCCCUUUCAGCGCAGCUCACUUCGGAAUACAGAAUAGAUGAUCACAGCAGUAAUGGAAAAAACAAAUAUAAGAAUCUUCUAAUUUCUGACCUCAAGAUGGAGCAAGAGGGGAGAGAAAAUGGAAGCAAGUCUCCAGCACAUAGCUACUCCAGCUAUGACUCUGGCAAAAAUGAGAGUGGAGACAGAGGCGCCGAGGACCUUUCUCUGAACAGAGGAGAUGAAGAUGAAGAUGAUCACGAUGACCAUGAUGAUUCAGAGAAAGUUAACGAGACAGAUGGUGUAGAGGCAGAGCGGCUGAAAGCUUUUAAUAUGUUUGUCAGGCUGUUUGUAGAUGAAAACUUGGACCGAAUGGUCCCAAUCUCUAAGCAGCCCAAAGAAAAGAUCCAGGCUAUCAUUGACUCAUGCAGGCGACAAUUCCCUGAGUAUCAAGAGCGUGCCAGAAAACGCAUACGUACUUACCUCAAGUCCUGCAGGCGGAUGAAAAGAAGUGGUUUUGAGAUGUCUCGACCUAUCCCUUCCCACCUUACUUCAGCAGUUGCAGAGAGUAUCUUGGCAUCAGCCUGUGAGAGUGAGAGUAGAAAUGCCGCCAAGAGGAUGCGCCUGGAUAGACAACAGGACAAGUCUGCUCCAGCUGACAAACAGUGCAAACCAGAGGCGGCCCAGGCCACUUACUCAACCUCAGCAGUUUCAGGCUCACAGGAGGUGUUGUACAUCAACGGAAAUGGGACCUACAGUUACCAUAGUUACAGAGGGCUAGGAGGAGGACUGCUGAAUCUGAAUGAUGCUUCCAGUAGUGGGCCCACCGAUCUCAGCAUGAAGAGGCAGUUGGCGGCUAGCUCAGGAACCUCCAGCAGUUCAAGCUCCAGGCCCCAGCUGAGUCCAACUGAAAUCAAUGCCGUGAGGCAGCUUGUGGCAGGAUAUCGAGAAUCAGCUGCCUUUUUAUUGCGUUCUGCAGAUGAACUGGAAAAUCUUAUAUUACAACAGAACUGACUCAGACGACGAUCCUAUUCACUGAGGUCUAAAUUUGCAGUUUCCACUAAUGACAUUUUGAUUUCCCAGCAGAGAUGCUUCUGGUCUUACUGCGCAGUCUUAAGAGAAAUAUUCCAUUAUGCCACAUUGUCCUUGAUCCAUAAAGUGAUGUGUUAAGGUGUUUCAAAGGAACUCUGACCUCUGAAGUACUUGAGAUACUUUGUGUCCAGCCUACUGCUUUUUGUUUUAGUGUCAGCAUAACUAUCUGGGGCAUGAAAGGCUGUAUAUUCCUAAUUCAAGGAUAAAACUGAAGAAGCUUGUGGUAUAAAGAAUUGUUCAAGAUCCAACUGAAAU